CGAUAUUGAGGACUUCAGAGAUAGAAUCACAGACAGCUUUCCCGUUAUGCGUUCGGAACAUAGUAGAAUGUUGGUAGGCGCUAAUUAAGUUCAUCAUUACGUUUCCAAUAUUUAUUAAUAAGAUGAAAAAUGACUAAAUUUUGUGAAGAAAAUUGCACAAGUGAUACUUCAUUUCAUGAUACGAAAAGAUACGAAUAGAACAAUUCCAAUCGUGUAACUUUCAUACGCAUGCGUGAGUUGUGUAUAUGUGUAAUUUGUGAUACACAAUUGAGUAGAAUAAUAGAAUUUAUGCAAGAAUCAUAUAUCUUCGAUCUGGAACGAAAGGUGUGCCCCUUUAUAUAGGCCAUUUUGUUGUGCUUUGAGGUUUAAGGGAAUUGUUGCUUCAGGCGCAAAUAGGAACAACACUGAAGAUAAUGGAGGAAAUCAUAGAAAUUGUAAAAGUUGAGGAAGAAAUAAUAUUGAAUGAUGAGACUUCUCAAAUCCUGCUUGAUACAGAUGGCUCAGAGAAAGAAGUUGUAAUAACUACUGAGGAUGUAUCUGGCAAUGUAACAGCUAUUUCUCAAAGUAGCCAAAUUAUACAAAUUAUAACAGAUUAUGAAUGUGUAACAUGUCAUCGCAUUUUUCAAUCAGAAGAUAUGCUAAAGGAACAUUUAGAUGUCUGCAGAGAAGAAGAUGAUUCUACAAAUAUAUUGGAAUUAGGAAAUUUAGAUAACUAUGAUUCUGAGGAUGAAGAUGAUGUUGAUGAUCCAGAUUACGAAUUCAAUGACACAAAUAUUGAAGAUACUAAAGCUCAAAAAAAUAACAAUGAAAAGCCAACGAUCAAACCUGUACCAGAUACACAAUGUCAUUGUUGUGCUGAAGAUUUAAAAACAGCACAUAGUGGUGGUGAAUUUAAAUGUUUAGAAUGUGAACUAUCAUUUAAAAAAAAUUCAUCUUUAGAAAGACAUAAAAUAGUCAUACAUUGGAAGUGUGAAUCUUAUACCUGUAGUGAUUGUGGAUCAACUUUUCGUGAUAAAAAAUCGUUAAAUAAACAUCGUUAUACUACACAUGUGAAUCGUAACAUAUUCAAAUGUGAUACCUGUGAUACGUAUUUUUCGCGUAAUUAUCAUUUAAAACGUCAUAAAAUGCAAUCUGGUUGUCAUGGAGAUAUACGUAAAACUUUUGAUUGUCAAGUUUGCCAAAAAGUUUUUACACGAAAAGAUAAUCUACGUGAACAUUUGCGUACACAUGCUGGAGCACCUCAAAGACAGAAAAAACCAUGUAAAUAUUGUUCUAAGGAAUUCUUUACUACUCAACAAUUAAUAAUACAUGAACGAUUACACACUGGAGAAAGACCAGUACAAUGUGAUUUAUGUCCGAAGACAUUUCUGUCUUCUCUUGCACUAAAAAAGCACCGUCGUGUACACACAGGAGAGAAGCCAUUUGAAUGCAAAUAUUGUCAAAGAAAAUUUGCGGCUCGUGAAACAUUAAAUCGUCAUCAAAGAACGCACACUGGAGAAAAACCUCAUGUUUGCCAGUAUUGUGGAAAAUCAUUUAUUCAAGCAGCACAAUUAAGAGCACAUGUUUUUCAUCAUACUGGUGAAAAUGGAUUUUAUUGUGAUAUUUGUGGUAAAGCAUUUAAUAGAAAAGCUCGAUUGAAUGUACACAAAAAAUUUGUACAUGAAGGUGCAACACCAUUUACAUGUGAAAUAUGUGAAAAAGGUUUCACCCGAAGAGAAGAUUUAGCAAAACAUACAUUAUUGCAUACAGGAAUCAAACCAUUUAAAUGUGAUAAAUGCUCAAAGGCCUUUUCUGCAAAAUCUUCAUUACAAGCCCAUCUCAAUACUCAUAGGCGUGAACCACCUCAAUCAUGCGUUGAAUGUAAUCGUGUUUUUAUAAGACAAGAUUGUUUAAUGAGACAUGUCCGAGCUAAACAUCGAGAACUUUUGGAAGAUGUAAUGGAUGAAGUCGAAAGAAAGCAUUUACAAACACAAUUAUUUAAUAUCGCUUCUAUUGCUGCAGAAAAAACAAAAGCAGGAGAAUCUAAAGUACUUUCUACAGACGAAUUGCUAAAAGCAAUUGCAGAUCUUUUAAGGAUACUUAUCGACGAAGAAACUUUACAGUUAUUUGGUUGGCCUAACGCUCCUAUUCAAGAUAUUUUAGAGGCCGUGAUUAGACGUUGUGGCCAUGAACCUCUAACAUCAGAUAGUUCUUUACUUUUCAACGAAAGGUUAAGAGCAAACGUAAAACUUUUAUUUACAGUCGUUAUUGAGGAUGAAACGGUAAAGUCACUAUUAACAACUAAAACCGUAGAUCACGUUAUUCUUCAUGUUUUGGAAAUUUCGCAAAAAUGAAGUUUUGAUGUAUGUAAUUGUUGUCUAAUUAUACAUAAAUGUUUGUUAUUA